AUGUCGGGAACAUCUUGGACGCCUCAUGUCCGGGGCAAACGCCAUAGUCGUGCGGCCGCCAGUCAAGGAGUGAGCCCUGACGUCGAACCGGAGGAGGAAGCCGUCAAGCCCGGACAUACGUUCUGUAACGUAUGCGCUAGGACACUCCCCCAGAGCAAAUGGAACAACCAUCUCACGACGCCGCAACAUGUUCGUAGGAUGCUCUUUGCUAACUACGAGGCCGCUUUCGAGGAGGCUGAGAAGAACAAGCACGGGACUACUGUGUCGCAUGACGACGAUGGGGUAAAUUUUGGAAUCACUGAAGUUCCCAAUGCCCAGCAAGGUGUACAAAUCAUUGUGAAAAUACAGAACACUGUCCCACUUGCGCGUAUCACGCUCGUCGAUGCGCAGCUCGCGUUGAAGUCGCAUCGGGGAACGCCGCCGCACGACCAUCUGGGUCGCUACAACGACCGCAUAGAGUUUCUCUUCGAAGAUACUGUCUUGCAUAAGUCCUUCGCGAUUGUGCGCCCUGUCAAAGGGAUCGUUGGGAGUCAAGCCGACCACAACUUGCUAAAGCCGAUCGCGCCUUAUGUCCCCCGGAAGCGGACUGCCAGGGACCCUGAGAAAGAUGUCGUCCCUGGCGUGCCUCCUCCGGCAUUGGGCGCUAUAAAAUAUGUUGUCAAGCUCCCGCAGGCCGAGAUUCCAAAGCGGAUUGCAGAUGCUCUCUCGCGUGGCUCGCCGUCACACAUCAUUAACUUCUUCCGCACCUCGAUCAUGCCUUCUGUUUUGAAUAGUGCGACACACGGGCGCUACAUGAAGACACUGAUAUGGACUGAAGAACAUCGUAUGGAACACGAUUUGCAGAUAUAUGAUAUACCGGAUGCCCGUUUGACGACGCAUGGGAAAUACUACUUCUUGGAGGUUCCAGGGCUCGCAGAAAAGCGUCCAAGCGUCUUGGUCGGCGACAGGAUCCUCGUGCAGCCACACGGCCAGGACGGCGGUCGCUGGUUUGAGGGUCAUGUACAUCUCGUUCGUCAAGUUGAGGUUGGGCUUUACUUCCAUGGUUCAUUCCCCUACGACGGCAACCGGCGAUACCACGUUCGGUUCAAAUUGAACCGGAUUCCUCUAAUGCGCCAGCACCAAGCCCUCGAUACGGCAUUCGAUCCAGAUCGUGUCCUUUUCCCCUCGCUACAACAUCUCGUCCCGGCAGCGCCUCCUUCGACUGUAGCCGUACGCCCAUACAUCCAUAACCGGCUGAUUGCUCAAAAUGCCGCUCAAUUACAAGCGGUGGCAUCCAUUGCUGCCAAACCCAUGGGCUCAGCACCGUUCGUUAUCUUUGGGCCUCCGGGUACCGGAAAGACGGUUACGAUGGUCGAAGCCAUUCGCCAGGUCCUUCGGGUGAAUCCUAACGCUCGUGUCCUGGCCUGCGCCCCAAGCAACAGCGCUGCCGAUCUGAUUGCAUCUCGGUUCUUGAGCAGCACCGAGCUCUUCCGUUUCUAUGCUGUGUCUCGGCGUCGAGAACUCGUUCCAGACAACCUCCUUCAACAUACGCACACAAACAGCCAAGGCUUCUUUUCGGUCCCUCAGGUGUCGCAGCUCGCCCAAUUCCGUGUCGUCGUUUCCACUUGCGGUUCGGCGUCGUUCGCCUUCGGUGUGGGCUUACCACCUGGCCAUUUCACCCAUAUAUUCGUCGACGAAGCCGCUCAGGCGACAGAACCAGAGACAAUGACAGCUAUGAAGGCGAUGACUACCCCAUCCACGCAAGUAGUGCUAUCCGGCGAUCCUAAGCAAUUGGGGCCUAUCAUCAGGUCGAGCGUCGCGCGCGACUUGGGGCUGGGCGUCAGUUAUUUGGAGCGCAUGAUGGAACGAGACCUGUACGAUGAGCACAGGGGGAGCGGAAAGACACUCGUCAAGCUCAAGAGGAACUUCCGCUCCCACGAGACAAUCCUCAAUUUCUCGAACGAGCAGUUCUACGGCUCGGAUCUGCGUGCUUGCGGUCCUAAACGGGUCAUCGACUCCUUUGUUGGAUGGAAGGAACUCCCCAAUCGGAAGUUCCCGGUAAUCUUCCACGCGGUGUGCGGCAAGGACGAAAGAGAAGCGUCGUCGCCAUCGUACUUCAAUACGGAUGAGAUCCUGGUUGGCAAGAAUUAUAUCCAGAAGCUGAAGGCAGAACGUCGACAUGUCGUGGCUGAUGAAGAGAUCGGCAUCAUCACGCCUUACAACGCGCAGGCGCGCAAGUUCCGCGACACGCUCAAGCGCGCAAAUGUCGGAACUGGCAUCAAGGUGGCAAGCGUCGAGGAAUUCCAAGGCGACGAACGAAGAGUCAUCAUGCUAACCACCGUCCGGAGCAGCAAGGAACUACUCACCUUCGAUGCGAAACAUACCUUGGGCUUUGUGGCGAAUCCACGAAGGCUGAACGUGGCCAUCACGAGAGCAAAAGCCCUCCUGAUCGUCAUAGGAGACCCACUCGUUCUGUCUAUCGACCCGUUAUGGCGCAAGUUCCUCAACUACGUCGCGUUGAACAAUGGCUGGCGUGGCAUACCGAUCAGCUGGGAUCCGCACGCGCCAAACGAAAUCAGAGACCAAGGUGUCGAAGAUAUCACGGACUUCAUGCAGCGCAUGCAGAGCUACUUGGGCAGCGACGAUCAGAGUGCACACGACUUCGCGGAGAGUCAGGUUAAUGCAGAAGGGGUCUGGCGGGAGCCCGAGUGA